GAUACGAAGGUCGCGCGAGCUCUUCCGUCGUUGCGCCCGCACUUGCGCCCGUACCAUCAUCUCGACAGCUUCCCGUCAGAAGCUCGGGCCGGUCUCGUCGCGCUUGGUUUGUUCCUCUCGUUCGCUCUCUUGUUUUCCUAGUGUUUUUUUUUUUGGGACGUGAAAUCUCCAGGGGCGCGAGAGACAAGGACGAUGCCGGAGGACGAACGAGACACGCAGUUGGAUUCUCGAUACGCAAGAUAGUGGAGAACAGCCAGAUGGAUGAUACUGCCGAUAGCGAUCUGAUAUUUCGACACGAUUAGCAGCUUAAUUGAUCAGGUUUCGCAUUUUCCUAAAAAUUUAUCGGAUUUAACAUUACAACAAAAAAUGGGUUGGCCUCUCACCGGGCUCGGUGUGGCAGUGGUUAUCAUCAUUGCUGCCGGCGCCACGCUUGUUCUUUGCAGAAGAUAUUGCAUCGGAUGGCAAUUUGGUACUAGGAAUGUUUGGAGUGUUUGCGAGGAAUGGAGACAGAGGCUUUCUUGGCUUUGGGCACCACGGGAAGAAAAGGUGGGAUUGGUAAAGGCACAGCAUCCAACUGCCCAAACAAUACCAGGCCUGUAUCGCCAGACUGGGAACUCUCAACACCUCUUGCAUAGUGAUAGCGAUUUACGAUUAGAUGCACAAGGCGCUUUUACCAGAUUUGAAGCUGUCGACAGGGACUUGCACCCGCCUCUUGGUGGAAACGCAAUACCACCUCAACCGCUACGACCCGCUCCACAACCACGACCGACCGCUCGACCGAGGCCGUCGCCACUUCAGACACCGAGCACCGCUGACUAUCUUAAGAUGCAUGAAGCAGGUCCAGGUCCGCUGACGCCACCGCCGUCAAUGCAAAGAGGAUCGAUACGAUCGAGAGCUCAUGGCCCCUCCGUGUUUAUCUUCCAGAACGAGCCCGAAAAGAAUCACGAUCCCUUCCAGUUGUCGAUCGAACGUUCCGCUUUCAUGUUCGAUGACAGUUCCGCCAAAACGAUAGCCGAAAACAUUCAGAUGACGUCUUACGUCGGUCAGAAUCACAUAGAUCAUUCCAAAUCCGCAAUCAGGCAAUUCGAUUCUUCUUCGAAAGACUUGGCGCGACUUAGGUACGGCAUAAAUCCUUCCGUAGACAAUCGACAUGACAACCUGAGCAACGAAAACGUUGACAAGGGUUACGGCAGCUACGAGAUUGUACAAAAAAGUCACGUUCCACGAUCGUAUGCGCGUAACGACACCCGCGGCUUAUCACACGGCUUCAACACGAUAAACUCGUCAAACGCAACCAAUGAGAUCAUAAUGGAAUCGAUAUACGGGCCGCAAACCGUAUCCAAGAUGCUUCAAAACGAAGAGCUCAACGGCAAUCUCAGUCAUAAAAACAAUGAUAUGCAGAACAUCGAGAUGACGCCGUUCAAGAGCGCCAGUCAUCAGGAGACGGAUAUCGAUCCCUACAUGUUUCACAGCGAUCUGUCAAAAUCGCAGGGUCUCCAACGUGUCUCGCAGUAUAUACAAAGUCUGCCCGAUCUUCCCAUCUACGAACCGACGAACGAGCUUCAAGCGUGCUCAAGUCGUGACGAACCGAUAUUGUUCACAAAUUUAACUCAAGACACGGGCGAGACGAAAGCCGAAUCGUCCUCGAGUCCGGUACCGCCUCCACCCGCGCCACCAGAUCCACCUCAGGAGAUCGCGAACAAAAGCGGCCCAACCACCGGCGAGAGAAUCUUCAGCGCUCUCAGAUCGGUCACUUCGCAGAGUUACAUAGACGCCUCGGAAUUUUACAACUCGGUGCUUUCUUCGACGCAAAUUCAUCAGCUUCCGUUCUCGUCGACCUCGCCGUUUGUGAACAACAGCACCGAGGAUCAUUUACAAGACGCCGAAUAUCUGCAAGAUAUGCGAGACAUUUAUGCGGAAACUGAUCCAGACGUGACCGGUUUGGACGGUUCGAGACGGAGUUCCGAUCUUUAUAGUCCCGAAUUAAAUCUGGAGGCUCAUAGAACGGCGCAAGAAGUGUACAAUAGUCUGCAGGAUCCACCAUCAUCCCCGUUGUUGGUUAAGGAUCACAAUCACGAAUCUUACACUUAUUUGUCUGAUCCGAGCUUCACUCGAACGUCGGAGGAUAUUUUUAACACCCUCGAACAAAGACGUAAAAGUAUAGAAAGGCUGAACGGUAUUUACGAAUAUGUGGAACUUGACAUUGCCGAUUCAUCAAGGAGAAGAAACAGCCAGGAACUCUACACCGCCUUGGAGGAGGUGCAAAUGAAGAGACGACUCUCACAGGGUCUGGAUGAAUCGUAUCUGGGUUACGCAAUCAACGAUCACAAUAAUAUCACGUCGGGAAAUCGUCGAGGCUCGUUGGGUCUUGAGCUGGAAGCGCCACUUGACGAAUCUAAUUUAAAAAGAGCAAUUAGUUGCGAGAGCGUAUGCUCGGACACUAGUGUUAACUUGAACGACUUAGAGACGCCCAUCGUCGGCCACAUCUGCGUCGGGCUCGAGUACGAGAGAUGGGGCGGACGGGGAAGCGAUUGUGAAGGAGAUUUGGCCGUGAGUGUUUUGGAAGCCAGAGAUCUCGUUACCACUGAUGGUUCUCCUGCGCAAGAUACUUUCGUCAGGGUGUGUCUACUACCCGAUAGGCAGACUCACGUGCAAACGAGAAUUUACAGAGGAUGUCCGUCGCCUAGUUAUCAAGAAAAAUUUCUAUUUCCGCUCGAUGGCGGUCCGGCGGGCAAAAUACUUUUUGUCGAGGUAUUUUCUGACGAAUCUAACAUCGGUGGCGGUGCGUCAUUAAUCGGUGAAGCCAGCUUGAAACUCGGACCUGCAGCAAGACCACCGGCUACGACUUGGCUACCGCUCAGUGGGCCCGCCUUGCCCACACCACAUUUGGGAGAGUUGAUGUUUUCCCUCAGUUACUUGCCAACGGCAGAGAGACUCACCCUUGUGGUAGUUAAAGCUCGUAAUUUGCGCGGCGCAAACUUAACCCCGGGUGAUUUCUUUGUUAAGGUAUAUUUGCUUCAACAAGGAAAAAAGUUGCACAAGAAAAAGACAUCUGUGAAAAAAGGCGAGAAAAGUCCAAUCUUCAAUGAAGCGAUAAUAUUCAAUGUUUCAGCGCACGCUUUACAGACUGUACAGCUUAGAUUGUCAGUAGUAGAACUGAACGGCGAUCAAAGUACGAAUCCAAAGGCGUACUCCGUCGGCCACAUUAUUAUAGGAGCUACCUCGACGGGAAAAGCGUUAGCUCACUGGAGACAAAUGUUAACAGCCUUACGACGUCCGGUUGCCAUGUGGCAUCCUCUCAGGAAGUAGAAAAAAAAAAAAAAAAAAAAUAUGUUUUUGUGGAAAGAGAGCAGAAAGUGGAGUCUUAAUACGUCUGCUUUUAAGUAUUUCCAUCUCGUAAAAACCAAAACAAAAAAAAAUUCAAUGUCACACUCACGUUCUACGAUGUAUUUAUACGUAUGUAUUAUGUGAAAAAAAAAAAAAAAAAUAUGUGCAUAUAUGUAAUCUAUAUGAAAUAAGAUGCACUCUCUCGCAGGCAGAUGCGUGUUAUAAACAUCCCAUGUAUCUGCUAUUAAUUGUUCAAACUCUAUCGUGUAGUAAUAUUGAUAACUUGGAGAAAUUUAUAUAUCUCAAUUGUCUGGUUUUGCCGACGUUGGACUCACUGAACUGUAAGAAGAAUCUUUCCAAGUAAUUACUUUAGUUUUAGAAAUACGUUGUCUGUGAGUUUCUUUCCUAAAAAUUAAUUUACAAAC